ACAAAAAUGGGAGACGAAGAUUUCAGUAAACUUUUACAACAAGCAGAACAGUUAACAACGGAAAUUGAAGGAAAUGAGGAAUUACCAAGAGUAGAACGAUCUCUUGGCCAAGUAUUAGAAGCAUCGCACGAGUUAUAUUCUAGAGUAAUUCAAUCAGGAGCUAAUGAUAUACAAGCUCACCUGCUCUUCGGUUCAAAAGGCAUAGAUUUACAACAAAUAUCACAGAAAUUAGAAACACUAUCUUCAAAGCGUACUUUUGAACCUUUGCAACCUAUCGCAGAUUCGGAUAUUGAGAGCUUUCUCAAAAAUGAGAGAGAAAAUGCUAUUCUGUCACUAAUUGAUGAGGUUAACAAAAAUUCACUACAAACUACCGAAGAUCAGAAAUGGGAACACAUGUUGUCUGAAUGGACUAAAGAAAAAAUUAAAUUAAUGAAUGCUAUGAUUGGACCUUCUCAAAAUUGGCUAGAUUUAAAGAGAACUCCAGAACCUCCGAGCAUUGCAGACACUCCCAAGAAAUUUGGUCACUCCAUGCUGGAUAGUAUAGAAGCUGCAUAUGCCAGACAAGUGCAGCAGUAUAACAAACUAGUAUUUCAAGGAGCCAAAUCCAGAAUUGCUUUGCACCAAAAGUUUUCGCAAGUUGCAGAUGAGCUUAAUGAUCCUAAAGUGAAAGAAAUGUGGGAAAUAAUUAAGACCAUGUCAAACAUACCUGCUCUUGUCCGAGAUGAAGAUCCCCUAAAAGCUAGAGGAAAUUCAACCAUUCAACAGUGCCUCAUAGCGCAAGGAAAGAAAUAUUUGGAGAAAAGGUAUAAGCAGUACAUGGGUGAUGUGGUAAGAGCUAACCCUGCAGCAGCAAUGCGGGGAGGAGAGCCAGGCACGUUCCCACUUGUAAAAGGGUUUGUGGGUUUACGUUUACAAGGACAAAACACUCAAGGUUUAACAGAUGGUGUGAUUGAAGACCGUCCUCUCUGGCCUAUGGUUUACUACUGCCUUAGAAGUGGUGAUGCUACUGCUGCCUUGCAUUGCUUGAGAAAAGCUGGUCGAGAUCAUGAAGAAUUUAUUGCUGCCUUAGAAGAACAUAUCAGGGAUCCAGAAAAAGCACUAAGUGAUAAAAUACAAACUGCUAUCAAUUUCCAAUAUAGAAUUCAAGUUCGAAACUCCACAGAUCCCUAUAAAAGAGCCGUUUAUUGUGUAAUUGGCUGUUGCGAUGUUAGCGAUGAACAUUCAGAAGUAGCACGUACAGCUGAUGAUUACCUUUGGCUUAAAUUAUCUAUCAUCAAAUCACGUUCCAACAAAGAAUCUGAAUCAUUUUCGUACUCAGAUUUACAAAAAAUGAUUUUAGAAGAAUACGGUGAAACUCAUUACCAUGCUUAUGAGAAACCUCUGGUCUAUUUCCAAGUUCUGGCUCUCACUGGACAGUUUGAACCUGCUAUUGAAUUUCUCUCAAGAAUUCCAAGAUACCAAGUCCACGGUGUUCACAUGGCGUUAGCGCUUCACGACGUUUAUAUGCUGGGCACACCACGCAACGUUCAAGCACCAUUAUUGUCUGUGGAUACCGAUGAUCCAAUCCCUCUCCGACGGUUGAAUUUGGCUAGACUUAUACUCUUGUACGUGAGGAAAUUCGAAUUGUCUGACCCAUCGGAUGCUCUGCAUUACUACUUCUUUCUAAGAAACCUAAAAGAUCCCAGUGGAAAAAACUUGUUUAUGUGUUGCUGUACGGACCUCGCUUUGGAAAGUCGCGACUACGACUUACUGUUUGGUGUUAUGGAUGAAGUCACUGGUAUUAGAAGCCAGGGGCUACUGGAUCAAUUUAAUAAUUCUCACAUUGAUAGUAAGGUUAUUGCAUUGAAUUUAGCUGAGCAGCUUGUUAACAAAGGCCUAUUUGAAGAUGCUAUUAUGGUCUAUGAUAUUGCUGAUAACCUGGAGAAGGUGUUGGAGCUGUUCUGCGUGUUGUUGGCUCAGGUGGUGAGCGGGGCGGGCGGGCUCCGAGAGCGCUUGGGCGCCCUGAGUGCUCGAGUGGCCGCCCGCCUUCGAGCCCCCGCCUCGCCCUCCGCCCCCUUGCCCCCCGCCGCCCUCGUCGACGCUUACACAAAGCUCUGCAAGCUGUGUACGUUCUUCGAUCAAUUCCACAGUGAAAACUACGAGGGUGCACUCGAGACGAUCCGCUCGUGCGAGCUGGUCCCGCUAAGCGCGGGCGAGGUGGAGGCGCGCGUGACGGGCGCGCGCUCGGCGCGAGGCGAGCUGCUGCGCGCGCUGCCCGCAGUGCUGCGUGCGCUGUGCCACAUCCUCGUCGCUCAGAGACAGAAACUGCGCUCAGCACAGUCGUCCCUCCCCGCGCAUACCGCUAAUAAGCAAUUGGAGUGGCUAAGAGAGCAAGCAGAGGUUCUCAAUACUUUUGCAGGCAAUAUUGCGUACAGAAUGCCAGGAGACACUUACAGCCAACUAGCACAAAUGCAGAUUCUUAUGCAUUAAUGUAUUAUGCGUAGUUAUUAUUGUAAUCAGUCGAUAAUUUAGUAAAAUAAAGCAUAUUAAGCAUUUUAA